AUGAGUAGGAAGGGGCGGUGCAGCGACCGCUCCGCACAGCAGCAGCGCGGCGCGUGCUCUGCGGCAAGCAAGAGCGGCCAGGCGCGCUCGCAGCUCAAGAGGUGCCUCGAGACGACCACUCAGGAGGAAGCGGCCGAAGGCCGCGGCAAGCGCCACGAGCCCGGAGAGGCGCGGCGCAGAAGGGUGUCAUCAGAAGAAGAAGAAUAUACGACGGAUGAUGUCUCCGACGAGGAGGAGCGUGGGGAGGCGGCAAUCAGCACCACCGGUGGUGUGCACAGCGGUGGAGACCCGACCCGCAAGAAGGCCUCGACGCGUCCGCGGCGUUGGCAGCCGGCGGAGGACAAGAAGCUCACUCUGGCCGUCAAGGAGUCCGGGGAGAAGGACUGGAAGUCGAUCGCUCUCAAAGUGGGCUCGCGUAACCACGUGCAGUGCCUCCAGCGGUGGAAGAAGGUGCUGCGUCCUGGUCUUGUGAAAGGCCAGUGGGACGCGGAGGAAGACGCGGCCCUCAUGAAGCUCGCGACAGCGCCCUUCAAGAACUGGGGCGUUCUCUCCCAGAGCAUGUCUGGGAGAACCAGCAAACAGUGCCGAGAACGCUGGUGCCACCACCUGGACCCCAGCAUCAACAAAGGCGCUUACACGGAGGAGGAGGACAACAUCAUCAUCGAGACCCAGGCUGAGCUUGGCAACAGGUGGAGCCAAAUCGCCGCUCGCCUCCCGGGCCGCACGGAGAACAGCAUCAAGAUCCGAUGCAAGGCUCUCCAGCGCAAGGGGGGGGGGGGGGGGAGGGUGGCUCGUCGCAAGGAGUUCGUGCUCUUGCUUUUUUCCCUUCUUUUCGUCUGUUUUCGUUUCUGCGUCCGAGAAGUGGAAGGAAAAUUGUUGGCUAUGUUCCGAGUGCGUGUACGACGAUGGUAGGCGUGAUGCUUUCCCUUAGUGGCGCUUGCGGGGGACCCCUGGCAGGUUUUUGAGGGAGGGGAAAGGGAGAGGGUGUAGGGGGACUUGCGAGCUGGCGGCCGGAGUUAUUCAACACUUGUUGGCUUUCCAUAUUUAUAUUUCAGCAGGUACACUUGUUUGGUGACGGUACCACUUUUCUUCUUGGACCGUUGUUCUUGGAUCGUUUAGCACGGGGUCAUCCGGAGGUGGUGUUGAGCACAGGGGACCACACUUGCACGCCCGCACGUCUAGGUGCGCGUUGUGUGGGGCCGUCUCGUGUGCGCUUGGGCACCGCGAUGGUAGUAAUAUGUAGGUGAUCGGGUGCGCGUAUUUAUCGUUUUCUCAAGAGCUCUUUCUAGCACACACAACCUUUCAGCUGCGGUUGUUGUGUAUAAAUUUCGGGAGAUUAUGCGUGCGCCUACAGGGAAAACCAGGUGCUCGCAGCUUCAGAACGUCGGUCGCGUCACUGUUCGAGAGCUAGGUACCUGUCGUCUUUUUACGGCAGUGUCAGUAGAUGUUGCUGCUGCCGCCGUUGCUGUUGCGCGGGAGCAGGUGUAGGUACUUUUGUGGGUGUGCGUGCAGUGUGUGUGUAAAAGAGCGGCCCAAAAUCUCUUUUUUUGUAUUCGAGGGGGCCUCUUUGCUGCCGCUGCGGCAACAACAGUGGUUCUCCCAAGCAGGAGGGAAAAGCCUUCUGCUACUCUGUUCCUCCGGCCCUUUUGUUUUUUUUUCCUCUGCCGCACCUACAGGGAAGAGAGUUGUAUACGUCCAGUCUGAGCAUCCGUUUCGAAAUCGUUUCUCUCUUUUUGUUGUUUUUUUCGUACACUUACAACGGUUUCAGCUUUACUGAGCUGUUGGAGUUUUGGGGUCGCUCCAGCCGCUGCGACCUCGUUUGGCUGCAUGCGCUUUGUUCCCCCCUUAUAAAUGCAAAGCCACAGCAGUGCAAGUGCCAAUACACGCCAUAUCUGGUGAGUUGUGUGUUUGUGGCGUUGGCCGA